AUGCUCAUCGUCACAGCGGUCGCCGGCACCAUCGCACUCACCCAGGCGAGACUCUUCAGAAGUUCGAUGCGCGAAUUAGACCACUGGUGCGCGCGGCCGCCCGGCUUCUCCAACACGAGCGUGGACGCGUGGAAAGCGCUGGCUAUUCCGCGGGACGCCGACGGGAACUACAGCCGCUGCACGGUGCGCGAGCCUCCCGACGCGGGCGACUCGGCUCGGGUCGUGCCCUGCGCCGCCUGGGAGUUCAACCUGAGUGACUACGGCAACACCGUCGUCAGCGAGUGGAACCUCGUGUGCCAGCGGAGCUGGCUGAACAACGUCGCCCACGUGGUCGUUGUCUGCGCGAACGUCCUUUCGCUGCCGCUGAUGGGCAUGGCGCCGGACCGGGCGGGGCGUAAGACGGUCACCUUCGUCGGCACCACGGGACUCCUGCUGACGCUCGGGGUCAGCAGCAUGGCGAGCGACUUUAAGACGUUCGUCGUGACGCAGGCUGCGGUCUCGGUGUUGUCAAAGUGCAUGGUCGUGCAGUACGUUCUCCUGUACGAAGUGACGACGGCGUCCCGCCGGCUGCUCUACUGCUUCGUCGCACCGGCGCUCUCGAGCGUCUUCGUGCCGGUACUGCUGUACUUCGUGCGCUCGUACCAGCUCGACUGGGCCUUGUCGCAGGUUGUUGUCGCCACGCUCGCCUUGGUGCUCCUUGCCAGCUUCUACGUGGUUGAGGAGUCGCCCACCUGGCUCCUGGCCACGCACAAUAUCGAAGAAGCCGUGAGAGUAGUCCGCAGGGCAUGCAGUGUCAACAAGGUGUCGCAGAGUGGCGCUCGCAGACAGUUACGCCGUGAGAUGGAGAGCUACAGGCGAGAGCAGGACGACCUGCUAUCCGAUGAGAACGUUGGUCUCUUGUGUUCGGUGUGGCUCAGAGAACGAACAUUUAUACUCGUCUUCGUCUGGCUUGUCUUGAGCUGGGCCUACAGCCACCACGUCGAAGAACGGGGCUUGACCAGCGACAUCUACGUGCGUAGCGCCACGCUCAUCGGCUUGGGUCCCAAGUUCGUCUUUGUCUGGCCGGUCCUGGACUACUACGGGGGAGUCAGGCGAGCCGCAGCGAUCUCCGCCAUGGUCUUCACCGCUUCGUCGGCCAUCGCCUUCGCCGCGCACACAGACGAAGCCUCGCCAUGGCAGGACGUCCUAUACGUUUGUAUGCGUGUCUCCCUGACGCUUGCGGUUGCGUUCUUGUUUUUUCUCACCGUCAGCCUGUACCCGGUGAUACUGCGAUGCGAGGCGGGCCUCAUUGGUUACGCCUGCGCCAUGGUCGGCGACAACGUGGUCUACAUAGCGUUGACGCACCUGUUAGGACGGCGACAGGACGCGGCCCCCGCAAUACAGUCCUUGCUGACGGCGCUCGUCGUUGUGGCAGUCGCCUAUCUGCCACCGGAUGACCGACACGAUGCCUCAUGGAGACGCUCCCUCACAGCGCAGAGGAGAAAUUCGAGGAUAACUAGCAUCAGACAAACCAGCGCAGUUGCUGUAUGUGAAUAGCCAACGCUGCUGGAUCCAAUGCCCGAACAACUCUCUAUUCGUGCCGGCAUGCUGAAUAGCGGCCGAUAGCAAGUUCGAGGAAGACGGCGAAUACAUGCUCUGAACGGGUAUUUGCACAUGUGCAGACAGAGGUGUUCUUUAAUAACAAGUGUAUAUAGCUGCAGUUGUACUGCGUAGUGGUGUGAUACGU